UGUCAUGGCUGCCUCCUGUCAGAGAGCAUGUAGAGUACAGUAGUAAUCACAAACGGCGGAAACUUUCUGUAUUUUGUGUUUUGUUCACGAUGGGCAGGAAAAUAUAAGCACAGUAUUGUUUUGAAGGAUUUGAAAUUUCGUUUCUGUUGCUGGAAAAACAUCUGCGUGGAUACAGCGAGCCGUUUCACACGAUGGCGUUAAGCUGCUUUCGGGUCUGUGGUCGAUAUGGAUUUCUCCUGGGAUGCCGUGGAUUUGCCACUGCUGGCAGUGCAGCUCCAAAGAGGAGAGAGCCGACAGACAACAGGCCGGUCUUCCAGUACGUAGGUGAACACAGAAAACCCAGGGAAAAAGUAUUUGUGUGGGGCUUCAGCUGCACAGGAGCAUUAGGAAUCCCCAGCUUUGUGGUUCCAGACAGUGGCAGGAAAAAGCCCAGAAGAUAUCAGCUCACUCCUUACCGCCUGGAUACGGAACAGAAGAUCUCUUCAGCAGCCUGUGGUUAUGGCUUCACAUUAUUGGCAUCUAAUACUAAAGAUCUUACCAAAGUGUGGGGCAUGGGCCUCAACAAGGACUCUCAGCUGGGCUUUCAACGCACUCAACAUGACCGCAAUAAAAGCUAUGAUUAUGUGCUGGAGCCCUCACCUGUGUCUCUGCCAUUGGCUAAUCCUCAGGAGACGCGUGUCCUGCAGGUGUCCUGCGGCCGAGCGCACUCUCUGGUGCUCACAGACUCUGAGGGAGUGUUCAGCAUGGGUAAUAACGUCUACGGCCAGUGUGGAAGGAAGAUAGUUGAGGAUGAAGUUUACAGUGGCAGCCAUCUUGUCCACAAGAUAGAGGGCUUUGACAGCCGAGUCGUUCAGGUGGCGUGUGGGCAGGACCACAGUUUGUUCCUGACAGAGACUGGCUCAGUGUACGCCUGUGGAUGGGGGGCAGAUGGACAAACAGGUCUCGGCCAUCACGACAAGACUGCACUCCCUGUUCCAGUGCGGGGGGACCUGGCAGGGGUCAAAAUUCAGCAGGUGAUCACGUAUGGAGACUGCAGCUUAGCUGUAUCCACAGAUGGCCAACUGUUCGGCUGGGGCAACUCUGAGUACCUGCAGCUUGCCUCAGUCACAGAGGCAACACAGAUCAGCUCUCCACGACUGCUUCCUCUGAAGGGGGUAGGGAAGGUGACGCAGGCUGCGUGCGGGGGAACCCAGGUCGCUGUACUCAACGAGGACGGGGAGGUGUUUGUGUGGGGUUAUGGAAUUCUGGGAAAAGGGCCUAAUCUGUCCGAGUCUGAAAUCCCAGAGAAAGUGCCAGCUACGCUUUUUGGGAGGUCGGAGUUCAAUCCUACAGUAAAAGUUUCCCACAUCCGCUGUGGACUCACUAACUUUGCAGCUAUCACAGAUCGUGGUGAGUUGUUUGUCUGGGGCAAGAACGUGAGAGGAUGUUUAGGCAUCGGGAAACAAGAAGACCAGUAUUUUCCAUGGCGGGUGACAGUACCGGGACAUGUGGUGAAUGUUGCUUGUGGAGUCGACCACAUGGUGGCACUGGUCAAGUCCAUCAUUUAAGUCAAAAUUGUCAGGCUGAGGGAAAUCAAAUUUCCAUCAUUAUUGAUCCUACUGAGCUCCAGCAUUACUUGAGCUUGCACAUGGCUACGUUAGGUCUGUGGAGCUCUCGUACUGCAUGGCAUCAAGCAAGAUCAAGCAAAUCAAGCAAGCCAAGAGUGCAUCUACUUGAACUUGGAGAUGUAACGACAUAUCUGCUCUUCAUUGCAUGGCCAAAAUAUACCAGAGAGACUGUGAGAUCCAUGACCUUUUUGCAUGUGGUAAUGAAUGGCUCAGUCAGUAAUACUAAUGCUGCUAAUAUAGCUAUCAGUUGCCAUUUUGAAAAUGUCAAGCUCACUGGUAUCUAUUCAGUGACAUUAGCGUAUAUAGUUGAGAUGUUCCUUGAAGUAGCACACUGACCACAUCUCCUGCAACAAAUGAACUCUAUGAACUAAAAUGCACUGGAGUGGAAGCUGCUUAUGUGGGGGCAUAUUUGCAGUACCUCAAAAUCCUGUUUCAGGAUGAGCUUUCUUAAUGGGCCAUUGUGAUGUAAAGUUGCAGGUUCCAGGGAUAACUCUGGUCCUGGAUCAGUUGUUCAGCGCCACCUGACGUGGGAUCAAGUCAAAGCUUGAGUGCAUAAGCUGCUCAGUACCCAAAUCUCAGUUCCAAAGUCUGCUCACACCACUCCCCCACUUCCACAGAGAGGAAGACUUCAUGUUUCAUUUAAUCUUCCAUUAGGAGGGAGAUAGGGCUCUGUAAGGUCCUGCUGAAUGAAGAUCAUCAGUCUAUCUUGCUUUAUUGCACAAGAUCCCUGCCUUGGUCCUGGCAUAACCCUAGUGUUUUCCUGCUCUAACACACUCACUUUAAAGAAUAUAAACAGUUCUUCUUCUUCAUAGUGCAAUUGAGAUAUAAACCAUGUCAUUAAGAGUGGUCUGAUGUAACUUAAAUUUCUUAAGUGUGGUGAUAAGAGCCAGGGGUUGCAGUGUCUACAGUGCAAAUAUAGACAUUUUAUUUUCUGCCCAAAAUGACUAGUUAACCUACUUGUGUCCCCCAAGUAUGGAGAUGUGAUGAUGAUGGUAAAUCCCCAACAGAAGCAAAACAAUAUCUCCAGCAGCAGCUAGCAUAGACGUAACUAUUUCAUAUACUAUCUUUCGCUGAGAUAGCUUUUAGAGGCCUUAAACACUUCAGACAUCUGGCUCCUAUCACCACCACUAUGAACAGUUCAGACUCAGUAGGUUUCUCUAGAACGGCCUCUAGAACCACUUUGAAAGUUGCCAUCAUAAAGAUUCAAUAAUGCACAUCCUUUCAAAAAUUGGUAGAAAAUUGAGAAAAAUCAGAACGCCCUUUUAACUCCAUUAGCCGAUGAGGUGUUCGUUAGCUGACAUGGUGUUUGAUCAGGCCUGUUGGGAAAACGGGGCAAGCAGGGAGCACUCCAGGAUCAGGGUUGGGUCCUGGAGCAAAACGCAGCAAUCCAACAUCUGCUUCUUUUGGCACCCACUAUAAGUCAGGUCAGGUCUAUGCUAAAAUAGUGUCAUCUUGAAGUUAAGCAAUGGCCAAGUCAUCAAACUGCAAUUCAGACAAAAUCUAAUGAAGCUUUUCCUAAGCAGAGUUUUGAUAUUCCUUUAUAGUAUGCUUGAAAUGAGACGUUUAUUUGAAGAAAGAUGUUAAAUCUCAGAAGAGAACAUUUUAAAGGUUGAUUGUAAAUUGUCAUUUCCAUCAGAAUCAAGUACAUCCUUUGUUUGUACCAAGUUAAUGCAGACCAUUAGGUUAUAGUGGUCUGCAUUCAAUAUACAUUAUUCAUGCGUGGGGUAGCAGUAGGAAAAAAGUGACUGCAUCCAGGCACACUGUAUGGUAACCACAAAAGAAAAUAUCUUUGCACCAGUGAUAAAUCUGGGCAUUAUACUGCAGAUGGAUAGAAUGAACCAGAGUUAAUGUGGUCACAUUAGGGCUGGGAGUCAAUCCCAAAAAAGAAUCCAUUCCAGGCUUUUGUUUAUCAGGAGUCAACGCAUGUCAAAGCAGUGACAUUCAAGUUGCACCACCACACAUGGGCAUAUUCUGGGAGAUACUUUGCUGUCCCUGUCUAGACAGUCUGUAUAAAAAAAAUGCAUCCUUCCACAUCACAUACAUUGAUAGUCUGGCUGUAUUUCACUUUGGUGAAAAGUGGAAAAUAAAGUAAAAUGUCAAAUCUG